AUGGCCGAGUUCACAGAAUUGUUUCCCUUGGGCGAACCAUUUGAUGGUUUGAUGCACAUGUAUGUGUAUGUCAUCACAUUUGAUCUUCCAACCUUGUUCAUUGUUCUAUUCAUACCCACAGUGUUAUUCUUCAUCUUGUAUCAAGUUCUCAACGGUUUGUUCUUCUGGUUAAUGGAAAUGAGGCCAAUUGAACAUGAUAUUGAAGAGGGUAUUACACAUUUAGCCAAUUAUGGGGACUCUGUGCCAUCUCACCAUGUUACCAUAUUCCAUGCCCUUGUGCAUAGCAAUUUGCAUGCUUGGACAUUGGUGACUGCAUUUGAAGGAGUUUUUUAUGAGAAAAGAGGACAAAGACUUAGAGCUUCCAAAAAAUUGCCCCCUUUGGUGAACUAUGGAAUGCAUGGUGUAACAAGAAGUUGUGGUGAAUGUGCCAUUUGCUUGGAAGAAUUCGAAGUUGGCCAAUUGUGUCAAGUUUUUCCCGAGUGCAAGCACAUUUUUCAUUCGGACUGCAUAGACCACUGGUUGCAGAAGAAACUAACUUGUCCAAUAUGUCGUAGUAGUAUAUAG